CCGGCAGCUGCUGGCCGAGCAAGUGAGUAGUUACGGCUCCUCCAGCCCUCUGAAUUCACGUAGCAUGGCUGCUGCGGAGCUGGAUGAGCUUGCUGAUGAUCGUAUGGCCCUGGUGUCAGGAAUAAGUUUAGAUCCCGAAGCAGCAAUUGGUGUAACAAAACGCUUACCUCCCAAAUGGGUUGAUGGAGCAGAUGAAAUUCAGUAUGAUAUUGCCAGGGUGAAACAGAAGAUGAAAGAAUUAGCCAGUCUUCAUGAUAAACAUCUGAACAGACCAACACUAGACGACAGCAGUGAAGAAGAACGUGCAAUAGAAAUAACAACCCAAGAGAUCACACAGUUAUUUCACAGAUGUCAGAGAGCAGUCCAGGUGUUGCAGAGCAGGUCACGGACUUGUACAGAACAAGAAGCACGUGUUCUCAGGAAUGUAGUGUCUUCCUUAGCACAGUCCCUUCAGGAGCUAUCCACCAACUUCAGGCACGCACAGUCUGACUAUCUCAAACGCAUGAAGAGUAGAGAAGAAAGAUCCAAACACUUCUUUGACACCUCAGUCCCACUGAUGGAUGAUGGGGAGGAUGAUACACUUUAUGACAGAGGUUUUACAGAUGACCAGCUAGCAUUGGUGGAGCAAAACACAUUGCUGGUGGAAGAGCGGGAACGAGAAAUCCGUCAGAUUGUACAGUCAAUCUCUGAUCUCAAUGAAAUAUUUAGGGACCUGGGAGCAAUGAUAGUAGAACAGGGAACAGUUCUAGAUAGGAUUGACUACAAUGUUGAACAGUCGUGUAUCAAAACUGAAGAGGGUUUAAAACAACUACAUAAGGCAGAGCAAUAUCAAAAGAAGAAUCGGAAGAUGCUUGUUAUUCUAAUUUUGUUUGUUAUAGUAAUUGUCCUCAUUGUUGUUCUUAUUGGCGUAAAGUCACACUAGGUUUCACUUCAUUUUCUUAUUUUUGGAGUUUACGUGAACUUUUUUCCCCAAUGUGAAUGGAUGGACCUGCACUCAAGAAAGCUGCCUUUGAAUGUAUACACCCUCGUGGUACAAAGUCUGUGCAAUGCUUCUGUAGGAUUCUUCAAAGUUCAAAUUUGGUGAUUAGUGAGGUGUUGGUAAAGUGUAGAUGGAGAAUGUCAGGAAAUCUGAUGCUCUCAAAUGAAUCAUUUGGUUCCUUGUCCAGAGGUAUUUGGAAACGUGUUGCUUAAAUAACUACAGAACUGUAAUUUAUUAGAGAGUUCUCUAAUUAGUUUGUUACAGUGAGAAAGAAUAUGUUGUCUUCUGUACAGCCACAAUUUUUAAGGCUUCAAAUUUAAACCAUGUUCCUGAGUCAUGGGACUAGGGCUGAGGCACGAGGCACAAAAAUGUCUGACUUCGUUUUUUCAGACUCGAAAACUCAGAGGAAUUGGAGAUGAAAAAGAUAGCUUUUAACAGGCAGAGCCUAAUUCCAUCCCUGUGAUCUUAAUUUAGAUAUUGCUAAAGAAUCAUUACUAAGAAUCAAAAUAGUAUAUGAUCCUGUAGAUAACAAGAUUUAAUCACUAGUAUAAUUUAACACAUUUAGCUAAUUAAAUUUUUUUGAGCUUGAGCAAUCAUGCGAACUUUUUUUUUUCUUUUUACCAGAAAGAUCAUGCAUAUUUAUGUGACUU